AUGGCCUCACACCAGAUGGACGCGUCCGGUCCCGAAAAUCGCCCGACGCCAAAAGGUGUUGACGAUAAAAAACACGGGUCUCAACCCAGAGAUAAAGGCCUGAGGCGGCGGCGGUUCACGUGCUCCGGCACGGGCUCCAGACCCCUAUAAAGCCUCAGUUGCCGGCUCUGUGCUUUCAUAUCAAGCCAGUCGAGGACUACGGUAGCGAUAUGGUGCUUUGCGUGGAAAGCUCCAAGCCGACUUUGGCCGUCCUUGGCUACGGUAUCAUGGGCGCCGGCAUCGCUCAGGUUCUCUUUUUUCACAUUAUUUAUAUGAUUCUCAAAGGGAAAAAUAGAAAUCUAUCCAAAAUUGGGUUCACUGAACGAGCAAAAAAGUAUCUAUACGCCGAAGAGCUUUUUCUGCAAGCCCUCCCAUAGAAACAUUAACUCGAAAAAGAAGGAAAUUGAAAAGGAAAGACAUGUAGAAAUUCAAAAAGGAAACUUCAAAAAAGCAUUCAGCUUUGUUUUGUACCACAAAAACCAUCUUUUUUCCAGAUUCAACAUCAGCAACCUGUUAUUUUUUUCAUAUUCUAUCAGUCCCUACCCUCAUAAUCACUAAAAAAACUUUAAUAAAAUGAAAUUUUUUUAAGGUUUGCAUGUCCGCCGGCUACAGUGUCAACCUCUACGGAAGGAGCGAGAAAAAGCUUCUGGAAGCCUCGGCACAUAUUCGCAAGAAUCUCAGCAAGAUUGCUGCCAAGAAACGUGGAGAACUUCCGGCAGACGUGAGUCUUAGUUUUUAAUUUUUUUAAUCAUCAAAAAAACUCCUUGUAUAAUUACAAAUGAUUUAAAAAAACUCUCUCCAUUGUUAUGACUUUGCUUCCUAUUCGAGAUUUUUUACCGCUAGCUUGACAUAAUUACAGAAAAAAACGAACGGGGUGAAAAUCGUGACUUUUUGAAAAGCUUUCUAUCUGAAAGUCCAAAAUUCAACCAUAAUUCAUCACAAUCCUUCCAGAUUGUUGUUCUGUAAGUCAAGCUAACGCCAAAUAAAAUAAAAAGAACCAAAAACUUAAACAUAAAAAAUGAAGAAUUUUGGAAUGCAGACUUUUCACUGCAGAUCAGGCUUGUGCGUCAGGCCGAGCGGUCCGUUCUUUGGGUUUUUAUUUUUGAGAAAGAGCUUUGGGCCAGACCGGGCUUCGAAAAAAAUAUCUCAAGUUUCCCUGUGAAAGCUUGAAGAAAAAUUUAAGCUUUUUGGGCCGGUCAUUUUUGCUUGAGGCCUCCCUAAGGCCGGGCCAGCCCUCGAACAAGCCUGCUUUCGAUGCAGACUUAUAGCAUACUGUACUUUCGUUUUGUUUUGCUGGAAAAACUUUUCUUAGUUGGAUUUUCAUUGAAUAUCCGCAUUUAAGUUUUUUUUCAUGUGAAUAUUCGUUCUUUCAGAAUUCCGCCGUUGAAAAAGUCGUCGAUGUGCAGAUGGACCUUCUUCAGAUUCACACGGACGUGAGUUUCAUUUUUUCUUUUAAGUAAGUUAUUUUUUCGCGAUUUCAGAUCGAGUCCGCCGUUGAGGGAGUCGCGAUGGUGAUCGAAGCCGUCGUGGAGGAUCUUGAAACGAAGCUGGAACUUUUUGAAACGGUUCAGAAGACUUGUCCCAGGUUAGAUAAAAUUUCAGUGAUGCUUGAAUUUUAUUAAUUCGAAUUCACCUCUUUUUCUUCAAAAUCCUAGUUCGUGUUUCAGUGACUGUAUUCUCCUCACCAACACCUCAUCACUGCGUCUGGCAGCAAUUUGUCCUGUUAUGAGGGAUCCGUCUCUGUUCGCAGGCCUUCAUUUCUUCAGUCCUGUGCCCAUCAUGAAGCUGGUCGAGGUGGUCAGCACGGAACAGACUUCCCAAGAAACCCGCGAAGCUCUCUUCGCCUUUUGCAAAGACAUUGGCAAGCUGCCAGUUGCAGCCAAGGUGAUUUUUUCAUGAUAUCCAGACCUUUUGUGAAGGAAAAAUCUCCGAUUGGCUAGCUCAGUUCUUAAAGCGCCAAAAAGAGGGGGGCUCAGCCAAUCAUACAAAGUUUUCGUUAGAGCGAGCUUCUCAAUUAGGAAGAAUUGAAAAAUUUGUUUGCAAGGAGAUCGGCAAGCUUGAGCCAAAAUAUGUUCUUUCUGCGAUUUCCCCAUAGUUUGUACCUUUUUUGAUUUUUCAACUCAAAGGUCUGCUUAAAAUUUUUAAAAAAAUUUUAAAAAGGUUUUCAGACCUCUUUGAGUAAUUCUUAAAGAGAAGAAUUUCAGAAUGCAGCUUUUUAGCGUGUUUUUUUUUCACUGAAAAGUUCCAAAAUGAACUACACUGCAUUUUAUUUUUCGUUUCAGGACACGCCCGGCUUUAUCGUCAACCGCCUCUUGGUGCCGUACCUCAUCGACAGUAUCCGAAUGGUCGAACGUGGUGACGCCACCAAAGAAGACAUCGACACAGGUUGAAAUCAGCUACAGUAACCUUUUGGAGCUUUUUCUUACUGUAGCCAUGCGUUGCGGAACUUCCUACCCAAUGGGACCGAUCGAAUUGUGCGAUUUCGUCGGUUUAGACACCAUCCAAAGUGUUGUCAAAAGUGAGUAGCUUAAUCAAAGAAAAGUAUAUAUUCAACAAAACCGAUUCUCAGUUUUCCACGAGACGAUUCCCGGUGACGACAGAUUCGGCCCCUGUGAGCUUCUCAACAAACUCGUCGCCGAAGGGAAACUCGGCCGAAAAACUCAGCAAGGAUUUUACAACUACAAAAAGUAA